AUGGACACGACGCUUUCCCACUUUGUUGAUUCCUUCAAGGGGACCCAGGGGGCUGCUCUUGCAGUAGCUCUGUCUUUUGGCCUGUUUCUACUGACGGUGUUACAAUAUGCAUCCAUGCCGCGGAAGUCAGUCGGGACGAGUCUGCCUCUCAAGAUCGAAGCCCUAUACUUCUAUCCUGUCAAAGGUUUGAGGGGUUGUGAGCUCAAGCAAGGAAAGAUUGGCCCCCUAGGCUUUGAAUAUGACCGAACUUUCUGCCUGCAAAAGGUACACCGCGAUCCCGAGACCAACGAGGUCAAACGGCUUGAGACCAUGCUCAGCGGCUUCCACCUCCGGAUGGUACUGUUCUCGACUCGUCUUGAGGAUUCCCCAGAUGGUGAAGGAAGAGACAUCGUCAUCACCUGGACGGGGCCUGAGGACUCAGAGUCAAGCCACAAGAGUGGAAAAGAGAUUCGCUUCCCGCUCCAGCCACAAUCGAACGCCUUGAAGAAGGUGCACGUCGAUCUCUUUAGCGCUACUACCGACGCUUACGAUAUGGGCGACAGCAUCUCAGCAUGGUUCAGCGGCUAUCUCGGCUUCGAAGCCCGUCUCAUUCAUCUCGGGCAGAACUCCCGUCCCGUGCUCGGGUCAGGCGCACCACAUGGCGAGCAGGCCGUCCGCAAGAGUCUGCCGCCGGUGGCACAUGCAAUUCACCGCUUUCUCAUUCCACCAUUCCUCAAGCAGAAAUCCGAGCGUAUAAGCUUCGCAGACAUGGGACAGUACCUGGUCGUCACGUCCGAGUCCAACGCCGAAGUAGGCAGGCGGCUCCGCGAGACGGAUCCGUCGGCGGGAGACGUGCAGAUGGACAUCACCAAGUUCCGGCCAAACGUUAUCGUCUCCGGGAGCCCGGCGCCCUUCGACGAGGAGUACUGGGCGGAGCUGCGCUUCCCCGGCGGGACCAAGAUGGCGCUGACUGGCAACUGCUUGAGGUGCCAGUCCAUCACCGUCGACUACGAGACGGGCAAGCCGGCCGCGGAUGUGAGGGGCCAGGCCUGGAAGAAGCUGAGCAAGGAUCGGAGGGUUGACAAGGGCUGUAGCUUUAUGCCCGUGUUCGGGAGGUAUGGAUACAGCCCUGCGUCCAACAUCGGAAGAGAGAUCCGCGUGGGCGACGAGGCUGUACUUACACGUAGGAACCGAGAUCGGACCAUAACUGAUUGGCCACUAUCGAAAGCUGUGGCUACCAUGUACGAACGGAGCUCAAAAUAG